AUGCAACGCGCGCAGACUUCAGUAGAUCUUCUACUGAAUCCACAAACGCCCCUCGAGAAGGAACAGGAAGCUGCCCGCAGGAAAUUGGCAGAGAUUCAGGCGCAACAGCAGCGACAACACGAAGAAGAAAUGGCAGCCGUUAUGAUGCAACCGAAUAUGAUGAGCGGCCAUGGCGAGGACCGACAAGAUCUCCCUCGCCCAUACAAGUGCCCCCUAUGCGAUAAGGCUUUCCACCGUCUCGAACAUCAGACCAGACAUAUCAGAACCCAUACUGGCGAGAAGCCCCACGCCUGCCAGUUCCCCGGCUGCACAAAGCGAUUCUCAAGAUCAGACGAGUUGACUCGACACUCGAGGAUACACAACAACCCCAACUCCCGCAGGAGUAACAAGAUGCAUCAAGGUGGAAUUGAGCACACCGGAGCUAUGGCUACCAUGAUGCCACCACCAAACAAGAGCAUGUCGAGAUCUGCACCAACUUCAGCCGUUGGCUCUCCCAACGUGUCCCCUCCUCACUCCUACGCUUCAUACUCGACUCCCCACUCAGUUCUCAACCCGACAUUCCGCAGUCUCGGAGGAAGCCCAAACAACGGCUCGAGUCUCGACAUCAAUCUCCUGGCUACAGCUGCAACCCAAGUUGAGCGAGAGAGCACCUCUGCUAUACACCACCCUCACCAUAGCAGCUCAAGACACCACCCAUACUACAGCCACAGCAGUCACAGCAGCAGAAACCACUUGCCUUCGUUGUCAGCCUACGCCAUGUCGAGAUCACAUUCCCAUGACGACGACGACCACUACGCCCAUCGACAUGCCAAGCGUUCCCGUCCCAAUUCUCCAAACAGCACUGCUCCCUCUUCCCCUACUUUCUCCCACGACUCCUUGUCGCCUACACCCGACCACACUCCUCUCGCUACUCCAGCCCACUCUCCACGUCUUCGUCCUUACGGUGGUGGCUACGAUCUGCCCACGAUCCGGAACUUGACUCUUCAGCAUACCCCAGCGCUCGCACCUAUGGAGCCACAAAACGUUGAGGGCCAAUACCACCCAAAUAACACCGCAACUUCAGCUCCAAGAACUGGUCUGUCAAUCAGCGACAUCAUGUCAAAAACCGACGGCACACAGAGAAAGCUUCCAGUUCCGCAAGUUCCGAAAGUAGCAGUGCAAGACUUGAUCAGCUCCGGUGAGAACGGCUUCAGCACAAGUGGACACAGCAGCACAACGGGUAGUGUUGCAGGAGAUCCGAUGGACAGAUAG